AUCUGGAGGGUGGGGUCGUGCUAUCAGGGGCAACAGCUUUCUCUCUGAUACAGAACCCGAGCUUUGUGCCACUGAACACACGAUUAAUGCCUGUAAAAAGAUAACAUUACGACUGUUGAGCGGAUCAAGACAGUGUGUGGUAGAAUCAGAUAAAGUGUGUGUGGAGCAGCUGUAAGAGGAAUUCAGAUAUGGCAGCCAACAAGGGGAAAAAUCAGAGCUCCUUAACAUUGCACAAGGUCAUCAUGGUGGGCAGCGGUGGUGUAGGCAAGUCGGCACUUACUCUCCAGUUCAUGUAUGAUGAGUUUGUUGAAGAUUAUGAGCCUACAAAAGCAGACAGUUACAGAAAAAAGGUUGUGCUGGACGGGGAGGAGGUGCAGAUCGAUAUUUUGGACACAGCUGGACAGGAAGAUUAUGCAGCCAUCAGAGACAACUAUUUUCGCAGUGGAGAGGGUUUUCUGCUUGUGUUCUCCAUAACUGAGCAAGAGUCUUUCACAGCCACAGCAGAGUUCAGGGAGCAGAUCCUACGUGUUAAAGCUGAGGAGGAUAAGAUUCCACUGCUACUAGUAGGGAAUAAAUCUGAUCUGGAGGAUCGCAGGCAGGUCUCUGUGGAUGAUGCAAGAGCAAAAGCAGAGGAGUGGAAUGUACAGUAUGUGGAGACUUCUGCUAAAACACGAGCCAACGUAGAUAAGGUAUUUUUUGACCUCAUGAGAGAAGUGCGAUCCAAAAAGAUGUCAGAAAAUAAGGACAAAAAUGGAAAAGGAAAGAACAAGAAGAACAAGAAGAGCUUCAAGGAACGGUGCUGUUUACUUUGAGCUCCACAUUGACUUUCUAUAAGCUAAUCUAAUUCUACUCUAAGAAACAUUUCAAGUUUUCUUUUGCAAUCAAAACAUAAUUAGUGGCAAGUCAUCACUGACCAGGCUUUUCAUAUUUCCUUUCUCCAUGCAAACUCAUCUCUUGGUCAGUGGCUACUUUCUGUAGCACUUUAUGACUAACGUGGAGGGGAGCAAUCUGUGGCCAACACUAAGCUUUUUCUUUUUUAUUUUUAUCUUGUGUAAUUUAGCUUAAUUUCACAUCUUAUUUUCAGUCUCAUUUGUGGCUAUACAUUAAUAGUAAUGUUUCUUGUAUUCAGAAAUAUAUUUUUUAUCCCUGUGCCACUACGUGGUGGAGACAUUAUGUUUUUGGGUUCUUCCUUCUGUCCAUCUAUGAUUCUUGUUAGAAGUAUAUUUUAAGAGUACUUCAGGUAUGCAAAUUAGUAACAAGAAGGACUAGCCUUGUGGUCGGUGGACGUUUCCGCAUUGAUAUUUUUUCUCAGCUUAAAGGAAAUUUUUUUUUAACACCCAAAUGUUUAUAUUUUUUUGCUCUUGUUUUGAAAAUGUACAUCUAAUGACAAUGUUAGAGAUUGUAAAUAUCUGUACUAAACUUGCUAUACACAGCUGAGACUACUGAUGUUUGGUAGAAAAACCAUGACGUCUGGCCGGCUAGGAGAUGAUAUGGGGUUAAUGUACCAAAGUGCUGUGUAUUCCUAAUGCCUGAUUCAUUCUAAAAUCUCAGAUCUCCACUGACACACUGAGUUUGUGGAGGUGUGUAUACAAGAUCGUUAAAUGAUGUCACACUCAGCAGCACUAUUUUGUGCCGCUUAAAACCUUUCUGGGACUUAACAAGUCCACUUUUGGCAUAGGAGAAUCUACACUGCCUCCCAAUGGUUGACAUAAAUACAGGUACAUUACAUGGAUAGAUACUGCUUAGGAACAUGUUGCCUUGAUGUUUCUUAAGUUUUAUUGUGCUAUUUUUGUAGAAUGUAUGCUGCCUUUUCCACCAUCAGACCCUUCUGAUAAAUGUGCCAUAAGUACCUGUGCCAACCUGAUAUUAAAUGUAUAGCAAUGACUGAA